CCUGUGCACCACGCUUGUGAAUGGCAGCGGGCCGUGGGUGGAAGAUUUCCCCAAACCCACUGUCGUGGUUUCAGUGUCUCAGGGAACAUGUCGGGUUGUGGAUUGCAGAACUUUUGCUCUCGUUCAAAAUAUUGUCUGUUUGGAAACUCUUUGCAUGUUCUCAUCUUUGGUCUGAUGGUUAUUCCCAUGACCUCACACAUCAGAGUUGCUUCAGCAAAUUGCGAAUGGAACGAAAUUGCAGCCAAGUACGAAAACUGUACGAUUCGCCCGGAUGGAGUCCAUAAUUUAGACUGCUUUAAGAAGAACAGGCCGUCUAGCAAGUGCACGUGGGAACCUGGAGAAUCUGGAUUGAAUAAAUCCUACACACUCAUCUUAAAACAACCAAGAACACUCAAACCCAUCUGCCAGGUUUACUACAACAUCAAACAAUUUUACAAAGAGUUCUUCCCGUCUUCCAAAUGGGAUGUGAUAGUAGAGGUUUUAGAAAACACAGAGACGACAAAUUGCUCAAAGGCAGCUUUCAGAGGUUCACCACAGAACAUGACUCGCUGCGGUCCUCCAAACAACGUAUUGCUGAGCCGCCCACCUGGAGAGCUGAAAGUAAACGUGAGCUGGCUUCCUGAAGACAUAAAAUACAUCAACAACUUCUCAGUGAGAUACAAAGUGCUGGGCAGCCACUCCUGGAACGAGUCUGUGGAAUCCCCUGAUAAAUUUGUAGUUAAAGUGGAAAAGCUAAACCCCUCGUUUGUCUACGCUGUUCAGAUACAAUGUGUAGUUUGUUCAAAAUGCUCCCAGUGUCCAUGGAGUAAAAUCUACACUGUUCCGCCAGAGCUUAGAUCUCCUCCCAUCGAGAUCAGCUCCAAAUACUCUGAAAUGACAGAGGAACCAGGCCGCCGGCUGAUCACUAUAACCUGGAAGUAUCCUGUCAAAGAUCUCUUUGAUGGCUACCGAGUCACCAUUUGGAAAGAAUGUGGAGAGCCUCCAAGAGAGGAGAUGAAUACCACAGAGCCUGAGAUCAAACUGAUCCUCUCUUAUUCAGCUUAUCAGCUCAACAUCAGCGCGUACAACAAUGUGAGCGUCUCCCCUGCUGGGACCCACAUCAUUCCACAACAUAAAGACACACAAAGUUUAGGAGACGGGAGGCUGAACGUGACAGUCCACAACAGCACAGCGUUUACAAUCCAAUGGAGAAGGGCUUUGAUCAGACGGUACGUCUGCUACUCAGUGGAGUGGAUGAAAAAGGGGCAUUCAGCUUGGUACCGAUCGUUCUUUGAGGACACCAACAGCAGCAAGACCUUAUCCUCUUUAUCAGAACAUUUGGAGCCUUACCAGAGAUACAGUGUCAUUCUUCACUUGCGACCAAGCAAGAACACCUGCAACAUCAAGCAUAUCAACAACAGUGAGAGCACCUAUGGGACUAAAGAGUUUUAUCACAUUGAAGGAUCUCCUAUCAGCGCUCCCACAAACAUCAGUUUCCACAACGUGACGGUUAAUUCAGCCGUGCUGCAGUGGUCAGAGAUCCCAGAGGAAGACUUAAGGGGGUUCCUGCUGGGUUAUAUAAUCCACUACACCGAGUAUCGCUACAUGCAGACAGAGUACAGUGCAGACAAUGAGAGGGACGAUGGCGAACGUAACGAGCGAGAUGGAGCUUCCACCAAAUUCAAUGUAUCUGUGGAUCCAGACACAACCAGCUUUAACAUAAAAACCCUCAAAAGUGGAACAGCAUACCAAGUCCAGAUAUCUGGAUUCACAUCAGCAGGAGCAGGAAAACGAAGUGCUCCGAGUGUCUUCAAAACAGAAAAGAACGUGAAUUUUAGCCUCAGCGGUGCCAUCACAGUCUUCGUUCUUGUGACUUUGUUGCUGAUGUUUGGGUCUCCUUUGAUAAAAAGGGUCAAAGCUGCUCUCUGGCCAAGCAUCCCCAACCCUGAACACAGCGACGCAGUGCAGAAAAUAGAAAUCCCCGCUCAGCUGGAACUCAUUGAGGCAUUAGCAGCUCUAAAGGUAGAAGAGUGGGACACAAAGAGUCUUGAGAUACUGGAAAAGGAAGCCAUAAUCCCGCCUCAGAUGUCGCCGUCCAAACUGCAGCUUCUCAGGGUCUGUCAGGAUGUGGGAGACUCUCUGGACAUCACUCAUAUCUGGAGCCCGAGGGACGGAGGAGACGACGACAAAACAGACCCUUUACUGGACGCGUCGACAACCUGCUUCCCAAGCUCACCUUUAGCCUUUGCAGGCGGAUAUACAACGAUGGAAAUGUUCCAGCAGCUGAUCCCACAGGGAACAGUAGCAGAUAGCUCCAACAAUCCAAGCAUGGAAAGCACACCAGAGGACUUGAAUGUGUUUACGUCCCUGAGGUUGGAUUAUGUGAGACAAUUUAGCACCAGUCCACCGUCAGACAGUGAACACAUGUCCACGAUUUUAUGAGAAAUGUAGAAAAUCUGAGAGGAAACGUCACUACAUGAAGGUUGGGGGUCAGCGGGGGAAGUAAGUGACCCACCUUUAGAGACAACAGCUGUUUUAUUGCUGUUGCAGGACUUUACUCAAGAGCAGCAACAAUGGUUUGUUUAUCUUGUUUUUAUGUUGGCAAAGAUUCUCAUUCAUUCAGGUCAUAGUUAA